ACAAAAUGAUUUGACUAUUAUCACAUCAUCCCUUUUUUCAGGUGAAGAUAACAUUGUAACACACUUGGGAGUUUGACGCAAUGGAUGAUGGAAAGAAGUUUGGAAGAGGACCUAGGGAGCUUACAGGUGCUGUUGAUCUUAUAAGUCACUACAAGUUGGUUGCUCACCAUGACUUUUUUUGCAAACGAUCAUUGCCCUUGUCAAUUUCGGAUACACACUACCUUCAUAAUGUUGUGGGAGACACAGAAAUCAGGAAGGGAGAAGGGAUGGAGCUGGAUCAACUCUUUCAGACUGCUCCAUACUUGAGGGAGACAACAGCUCAUAUACAGCCUUUUGACUUGGACUCUCUCGGCCAAGCUUUUCAGCUGCGGGACGCAGCCCCCAUUGAUUUGCCUUCGGCAGAAAAAGGGAUACCUACAAUUAGUGGGAAAUCCAAAAGCAACUCCAAGGACAAGGAGAGAAAACAUAAGAAGCACAAGGAUAAAGACAAGGACAAGGACAGGGAGCAUAAGAAGCAUAAACAUCGUCACAAAGAUCGGAGUAAAGAUAAAGAUAAAGAGAAGAAAAAGGAUGGUGAUCACUCAAAGAAGCAUCACGAUAAGAAGAGGAAGCAUGAGGGUAGUGAAGAUCCCUUGGACAUUCACAAGCACAAGAAGAGUAAGCAUAAAAGUUUGAAGGUUGGAGAGGUCGGAGGAUAAAGAUCGCAUUCCUUUCAACUUAUCUGCUCAUUCAAUAUUAUGUCUUCAAAAACGUUGGAAGUGAUGUUGCAUUUUUUUUCUCGUCUUGGAGGCAAAUUCUUGAGGCUUCUCAAGGCAGAGAACCACAUUUGCAGAUACAAGAACUAACUGUCAACUAUGUCAAAGAUUGCAGAUUCAGUUUGAGACUGGCCUACAAUUUUCUCCUGUUUCCUGUAUUGUAACUGUAGAAAUGUAACUGCCACUACGCCUUACUCUCUUCUCUUUUCCCUUUCAAACAUGGGGUUUUGAGACUUUAAAAUCAUUCCAUCCGUAUAUACUUUGACAUGUUAACACCCUGCUCUACUUCAGAAACCUGACGCUAGUUGUCUAUUCUUUGAUUCAUUCCCUUUACUGCAUUAUUAGUAUCUUGGAAAGGCAUACGAAUACUUCUCUAACUGAUCUCUUGGAGUUCUGCUUGAUUCGUAGCGCGUAUGGGUUGGUUAUGGUAUCUAACUGACUUACCUGUUCCAGUACUAUUGCAAGGAUCGUGAUUAUCUUAUCCAUUCAAAGUGAAGUACACGGGAAGG